AUGGAUCGAUCAUCAUCAAUGCCGAGCGCUCCACCAAGCUCGAUCAGACGACACGAAGCUUCUCGUUAUGUGAAGACAAGAGACGAUUAUGAUAACGAUUACGACGACGACUACUCGCGAGACUUCGCUGACUAUGCACCUUACUAUCGAAUGAAUUUGCGUCGAAGAGCACGUCCAUAUCCCCGAGUGCUGAUGAGAAGUUUUCCUCCACGGCGACCGUACCCUCAUAUCUCGGUGAAGCGCGACAACGAUAGACUUUUGAUGAUGGCGAGGGAUCCAGUAACGGAA